GAUCAUCAGCUCAAGUACUGAAUAAGGGAAGUGUGUUAAUAACUGCACUUUUAACAAACUCACCUCGUUUAUAUCAUGUUUCUUUAAAACAUCAAAACAGCCAAGGCAGAUACUUUGAUCAACGUUUUUAAAACUCAUCAGCUCUGCAGCUUCCGGAAACUUAUCAUAAAGCACAAAUUCAACAAUCUAGAUCUAAAUGGAUGUAAGAUAGUGAAAACACAUUACAAAGUUUAUGAUUGACAUAUACUUACACUGCACUAAUUAACCAUCGUGACAUAUUCUUGUAACCAACACUACGUUACUUGCUUAUAGUUGUUAUGUAACUAUUGUUGGAGUCCAACUAAUUGAGCAUGUAUUAUGAGAGUCAUUUUGAUUUAUUUAUUUUAACUGUUUGUUGUUCUUUUUUUUUUUAUCUAUGUUUGUAACUAAUUGAUACAAAAGAAACACUUGAAACAAAGAUUAAUAGAAAAAGGUUUUAUAACCAAUUAAUAAAGUGAAACCAAAGUUCCAUUUCCUCAGCAUGUGACACAAAUACCAGAAGGUUCUACUUCUACUGCCAUAAAUAUCGCAACGUGUCUCAAAUCUUCUGGCUGGCUGACAUCUGAAAGUUGACUAAUUUGAGUUUUUUUUUCUUUAGACAACAGAUUUUUAGAUAUCCAUAGAUGUGUUCACUUAGAUAAAACUCAUAUAUUUAUAAUUGUGUAGCUGGAUAUUCGUAUUAUUCUAUAGAUUGUGCUGUCAAGCAAGUCAGAGUUUGUAUUGUAUCCUUUCACCCCCCUUGUCUCUCGAGAGACCACUGAUAAUUUGAUGUAGAUACGCAGUUGACUAAUUGUAAAUAAACAGAGGUACUCAUAAUAAAGUAAUAAUAGAUCGGAUCAUAUAUGGAACGAACAUGUCCGGGAAAAGAUACUUUAAGACCAGAAAAAUUAGAAAUGGUGUCCCAUGAUAAGACCAUAACCAGAAGUUAAUACAUAUAAAUAUACUAUUUAAAAAACAUUCUUAGUAAAAAGAUUUUAUUUUAAGAAUGUUUUCAUUUUGAUGGAUUGCUACAUGAAAUGAUAGCUAAGGAUUGAAUGACAUAUAUCUAGUUAUGUAAUAAUUUAUUUUCGGAAGUUCUGAAUGUUUUUUUUUUUUUUUUGUAAACUAAGUUCUGAAUGUUGACGUUGUAAUCUUUUAUAUUUAUUAAUGAAAUAUGCUUGUUUGCUGUAAAAUAAAAAGUGAAUGACAAAUUGACAUUGCAUACUUGUUUACAUAUAUGUUACGUUAUUUUGCUACGUACAAAUAUCUAUGAAAUGGACGAAGUUAUUGAUCUACCAAUUACAAAGUAGCUCAUCAAGUCAAGAACAAGAAAAAAUUUCCAAACAUAACCACACACUUGUUAGAAGAUUACACAGUAACUUCUGUCCUCUGUCCUUCUUUAGUUUAGUUAACACAUACCUCUUCUUUAGCCUAAUAUUUGCAGAUAAACGAUAAAAACAAAAUAGUUGAGAUUGUAAUAUGUGAUUGAAGUAACACUUAAGAUAAUUCAAUACCAGCAAUAUCCAAACAUCGAAAUGCUAACCAUAGUCAAAAGAGUAGUAUAGAUUAUCUUACCAGUAUGAUGAGAGCAUUAAAUUAAUUAAUUAAAAGAAAGAGGACAAAUUAACCUUUUGAAACUGAGAAACGGACAAAUGAUAUAUAUAUACUAUCUGAAAUGAAUGAUCACAUUUUCUCAGUUUCAGGAACUCAGAAAAAAAAGAGAACUCUCUGAAAAAGGGUUCCUGAGUAAAAAAAGGUUCUGAUUUUAAAUCUUUACUAGAUUCUUCUCUGCUCUCUUUUUUUUCCCUAUCUCCUGGGUUUCCUUCUCAGCUCCGUUGAUGGAUGAUAGAGACAAAGCUCUUGAAGAAGAACAUAAGGAUGGAGAUUCUGCUGAGAUUGCAGACGAAGAGCAGCUAUGGAGGCGAGGUAUUGUCUCAUCAAGACCACCACAAGAUACGGGAGAUGAUCUUUUGAGACGUAAUGCAUCCUUAACAUCAAGCCCUAUUGCCAAAAGAGUCAACUUCUCUCCAAUGCCCAGCCCUAGAAUCUUCCAGCGUGGUGCUUCCCUCAGUCCUUGUUCGUCCUCUUCAAGAAACAGACCUAAUAAUAGCCUGAAGAGUCUGAUCCCAAAGUUGACCUUCAAAAACAAGAACAGCAGUAACAGUAACAUGGAUAUCGAGAAAGCUGCGGAUUUGGCCUUUGGUGCGUCCCCUCCUUCUUCAGGAAACGCCAGAGAGAGAUCCACAUGGACGCUCAGUAAUAUUUUAGCUCCAAGGUUGAAGAAAACUGAGUCCUUGCCUGUAACCCCUAUAGCUCACUCGAACCCUGGGUCCACACAUGGGAGAUAUGUGGUUGAUCAGGUUGCUUCCAUGAAGAAAGGGCCUCCACUGCCUAUUCAUCGAUCACGCUCUGUUCCAGCAUUCAACAAAGAUGGAAGUCUUAGGCAAUCAGGUGUUUUCCGGGUGAUUCCUACUCCGAACAGGACACCAACCAGAAAUAUUAAUAAACUUGACGACACGAAUGUUGAUGGCGGAGAAGAUGUUCCUGAGGAAGAAGCCGUGUGCAGAAUCUGCAUGGUAGAAUUGGGAGAAGAUUCAGAAGCCUUCAAGAUGGAGUGUAUGUGUAGAGGUGAAUUAGCUCUUGCACACAAAGAGUGUACAAUCAAAUGGUUCACCAUUAAAGGAAACCGAACAUGUGAUGUGUGCAAGCAAGAGGUUCAGAAUCUCCCAGUGACCCUUCUCCGCCUGCAAGAUUCUCAUUUUAAUCUUGGAGCUAUCGAGGCUACUCACUUCAGGCAAGUCAAAAUCCAAACAAAUACCACAUUCGAUGUUUAUGGAUGUUAUUUGACCGGUAACUCUCGUCUUUUUUUCCAGUGUAUGGCAGGACGUUCCAAUUCUUGUCAUUGUAAGCAUGCUUGCAUACUUCUGUUUCCUCGAGCAGCUUCUGCUAACCAAAAUGAAAUCAGGCGCCAUUGCAAUAUCUUUACCGUUCUCUUGUGUUUUUGGUCUUCUUGCCUCGAUGACGUCAACUACAAUGGUGAAGAAGCAAUAUGUAUGGAUUUACGGCACAAUUCAGUUCGGUCUUGUAGUUUUUUUCUCUCACAUUUUCUUCUCAUUGGUUCACAUGCAGCCGGUUGUGUCUAUUCUCUUAGCCACAGUAUUUGGUUUUGGACUCACCAUGAGCAGCGCAACGGGUAUAGUCGAGUUUUCAAAAUGGAGGAGACGCCGGAGGACAGCUGAACUUCCAAGCAGUAGUCAGGUGGAUCCACCACCAGUUCAGAGUAUCUCUGGAUCAUGAAACUGAAGCUAGAGCUCUGGAGCGGUUUAUGGUAACCAAAUCAGACCAUUUCGGGUCGAGUUUUCAAGACAUCUGGAUGGUGAUCCAUCUAUUUAGAGACGUGAGAAUAGAUUGGUCAUUUGGGUGGUCUAUUUUGUGUGUGAAUGUGAGUGUAUAUCAGCUGAUGUGUUCUAAAAGUUUAUUUUUGAUACUUUCUUGUACAAAAAAUAAAUAAAUACAAAGGAAGUGUUUUGGCUUGUACAAAUGUUGUAUCAUUUGGGAUAUUAAUCUCUGGCAAGUAUAGUACUUGGAAUAAACCUCAUUGAUACUUCUAUUGAAUAUGAAGGAAAAUUGUUCUAUGUCCCAGAUGUAUCAUUUGGGACAUUAAUCUCUGGCAAGUAUAGUGUUUCAAAAAAAAAAGGAUAAUAUUUUUAAUCUGCUAAAUAGUAUUUUAUCCGUUCAUGAAAGAUGAAUUUUCUAUAGUAUUUAGUUUACCCAUAAAUGAAUAGAAU